GUGGAUCUACACAAGUGAAAAGGACUUAAAUGAGAGAAGCCACUGGGGAAUCAUUGCAACCUACAGUGGAGCGGGCUAUUACUUGGAUCUAUCCAGAACCAGGGAGGAAACGGCCGCUCAGAUUGCUGGUCUCCGGAAAAACUUCUGGCUGGACCGGGGAACCCGAGCAACUUUCAUUGACUUUUCAGUGUACAACGCGAACAUUAACCUGUUCUGUGUGGUCAGGUUACUGGUUGAGUUCCCAGCGACAGGUGGUGUGGUGCCCUCUUGGCAGUUUCAGCCUGUGAAACUGAUCCGCUAUGUCACAGCUUUUGAUUUCUUCCUGGCAGCCUGUGAGAUCAUCUUUUGUUUCUUUAUCCUUUACUAUGUGGUGGAAGAGAUAUUGGAGAUUCGGAUUCACAGACUGCACUAUUUCAGGAGUUUCUGGAAUUGUCUGGAUGUUGGGAUUGUUGUGUUAUCCAUAGUUGCUAUAGUCAUUAACAUUUACCGAAUGUCAAAUGUAGAGGGUCUACUACAGUUUCUCGAGGAUCAGAAUACGUUCCCUAACUUUGAGCAUGUGGCAUACUGGCAAAUACAGUUCAACAAUAUAGCUGCGGUCAUGGUAUUUUUGGUCUGGAUCAAGCUCUUCAAAUUCAUCAGCUUUAACAGGACCAUGAGCCAGCUCUCCACAACCAUGUCUAGAUGUGCCAAAGACCUCUUUGGUUUCACCAUUAUGUUCUUCAUCAUUUUCCUGGCGUACGCUCAGUUGGCAUACCUUGUCUUCGGCACUCAGGUUGAUGACUUCAGUACUUUCCAAGAAUGUAUCUUCACUCAGUUCCGCAUCAUUUUGGGUGAUAUCAACUUCGCAGAGAUUGAGGAAGCUAACCGGGUUUUGGGACCACUUUAUUUUACUACAUUUGUGUUCUUUAUGUUCUUCAUUCUUUUGGUAUGUAUAUAUAUAUAUAUUUUUUUUCAGUAAGGUGAUUUAAACUUUAUGCUCCUAAAUCACCACCUUCUCUUUUCUCUCAUGCUUGAUCACCCAUCAUUUUAAAUAAACGCAUGGAAAACAGAAAAGAAAUGGUUACUCUUGAAAACUUACUGUUUCCAUUUCCAUUACAGUUUUCAGACAAUAAUUUGCUUUUCCUGUGGUCUUUCAAUCAUCUAUAUAUGUGUGUCUAACCACUAUAAAAAUAAUUACAGCAAGUGCAGAUUUAUCAAGUUCCUAGAUGGAGCUUUGCCUCAGCGGUAGGUCGUGCUUGCCUGCUUUUGCAACACAGUGUCACUACCUUUUUAGUCACUUGCUAAUAUGACUUUCCAUCCCUCCCUUUUCUUUGAGAAAAUAGGAACUUACAAAACUUUAGAAGUAGGACAUCAAGAGUCCUACUGGGUGAAUUAUCACAUGUCAAGGCUAAGAUAAUAUUUCAACUUUCUCAUAGCCCAAAGACCUAUAUACUGCUAGAAAGAAUUUGCAUAAAUUAAAUUUAAAGCUAAAUCUAACAGUAAUUAAGAAUUAUUUCCAAAUACUUUUUAAAAUACCUUUGAGUCUCUUGAUUUGGAACAACUUUUACCAUUUACUUUAAGUUAACUCAGACUUUUUUUUUAAAGGUGUUUUUGUUCUUUUCUCUAACAUUUCUACAUUCUACCUGUCUGGUGAAAAUGUGUAAAAUGAAAUUAGCUUGACUGAGGGAGAAGGUAUAUUUCAUCCGAACACUGUCAUCUUUUCAGAUUUUCCAUUCUGGAAGCUGAAUGCUUAUAUUCAGUAACUCGAUGUCUCACCUUUCAAGCCUACCUGGGUAUCCCUGUUUUGGCAGAUGAUGUUCAUUAAGUAUUAGAUAAUCAUAAUGGGACAAAAGGGACAGCAUUUGUAAGCAAAAAAUAGAGAGUUAUGUGGGUGAGGAGAGGAAAAAAUCGAGAGGCUUUCUUUGAACUGAAAUUAUCUGCGUUCAGAAUGGAGCACACACCUGUGGGUUUAUGUUCUGUUUUAAUUCCUGGUGUCCAGUCUUAGUCAAUAGUCUUCCUUAACUGAUAGAGAUUUAUAGUUCUCCACUAAAAUAAGAGUCUUGGUCAUCCAUCACUGGAUAAAUAUUGCCCAAGGCACUCUAUUCUUAUACAUUAUUUAUGUAAUAUGUAGUGUAAACUACAGUGUUUGUGCAUUCGGUGAUGUGUUAUACAGUUGAGGGAGUUCUGAAAAGGAGACUAGAGCUUGGACUUUCUCUGAUUCUCUGAUUUUGUUUGGAACGCAUUCAUAGUUAUAGAAACCUAAGCUAUAAGCCAGACACAAACCAAUGGUAUGCAUGUGGCGCAUCUGAUUUACUAGGUGCAGUGCUUUGAGAAAAGUUGUUGCAAACUCAUGGGAGUAUUCAUUACAACUGGGGAGGGGAAAUGUCAGGAAAAGUAACCGACAUUGGUGAGUGACAGCAGCUGGGAUGGUUAAUACUCAGAACAGUCGCUGUUAGGACGGAUCCUGAGCACUGCAUAGAUUAUCUCACUACCCAACACAAGCAGUUUUUAAGAGGGGUACUGUUACCUUUUCUAUUUUAUAAAUGCAAAAUCAGGAGCUAGUUAGGGAGAUGGCUCAUUGUGUAAAGUGCUUGCUAUUCAAGCCUGAGGAAUCAAGUUCAGAUCCCCAGCCUCCACUGUGGUUCAGAGAUGGCAGCCAGCCUAUAACCCUAGAGCUCAAAGAGGUGGAGACAGGAUCCCUUGAACAAAUUGGCUAGAUAGACUAGCCAGGAAGCUCUGGUUCAAGUGAAAGACACUGAACGAUACAUAAGGUGGAGGAGAAGUGAGUUGGGACAACAUCCUUGUGGUUGCCAAACAACCAAAUACUUGUGUUAUACUGUAGUCUCAAAAAGGAAAGAGUUAAUUAUACUUUUAAAAAGUCAAACAUGGUCUUAGGAGAUGACUGAUUGGGUAAGAGUGAUACUCUGAGAAUACGAGAACCUGAGUUUGCAUCUCCAGCAGUUAACUAAAAUCCCAGAAAUGGCUGCAUGUGCCUGCACAACACCCUCCACCUUCUGGGCACUGGGACGUGGGUGUUGACAAGUGGAUUCCUGGAUCUUGUUGGUCAGCCAACUUAACCAAUAAGAAAGCUUCAGGUUAGUGAGAGACUGUCUCAAGACAAUGAGGCAGAGAAAAUAGAGAAGACACUUGCUCUGGCCUUUGCGUGUGCACUUAUAGGUGCACAUGUCACACACGUAUGUAUUCACCACAACACAUAUACACAGGUCAGACAACACAUGUGGGCCAUGCCAUGUUUGCUGGAGGUGAAAGCUGGAUUAGACUGCCAGUAUCUCUGCUUCUUGUACAAAUGAGGAACAGUUUCUUUUCUUUUUUUUUUUUUUUAAGAUUUUAUUUGUUUAUUAUCUACACACCAGAAGAGGGCACCAGAUCUCAUACUGGAUGGUUGGGAGCCACCAUGUGGUUGCUGGGAAUUGAACUCAGGACCUCUGGAAGAACAGCCAGUGCUCUUAACCUCUGAGCCAUCUCUCCAGCUCCAGUGUGGAAGUUUCUUACAGAGAGAAAGCAUUCACUUGAGUGAGCGCAGAUUCCGGGGAGAGUUCCACGUUACAGGCUUUCCUUCCUGGGGUUUAGAUGAUUCUGGGGCUUGUGAUUCCAGGUUACAUAGACACAAGGUUCAGCUGACUGGACAAGGGGUGUUUCGUGUCUUUGUUGUGUGAAGGUUCAGGUUGGAAGAUCUGACAUGAUGACUGCAGUUGAAGUAGUUUUGACACAGAGCCCUUUGGCUGUUGUUAAGCCCAGCUAUAUGACAAAUAGUGUGAGGUAAACUUUGUGGGGCUUUGUCUGUCUUCUGCACACCUUCCUGGGUGGUGUUGCUGUUUGUUCUUUUCUUUCAUCUUUUCCUUUGAUUCCCACAAUCUCUUCCCAGUCCCACAAGACAAGAACCCAAGUUUGAUAGACUCUGAAGUCUUCCCCUUUUCACAGAUUUCCUUGAUCUUUAUACUGGGCCUACUCUGUGCCUAUUUGCUGAAGUCAUUUCAAUUCUUUAGAAUAUGUUCUGUGUUCCUCAUAUGAGUUUAUGACAAGAUUUGGAAAAAGUUUAAUUAAGUUGUUGUUAAAACUUGUAGCUCUAAAGAGCUCUACGUAGUAACUUAAUGUUUUAAAUGUAGAAAACAAUAGUAAAUCUU